AUGUCUAGGGCUGUUCAUCUUCUAGUCCCCUGUCCUGUUCAACUUGGUUCCUUAAGAAAUGACUCCUUGGAAGCUCAGCUUCAUGAGUAUGUCAAACAAGGGAACUACGUGAAAGUGAAGAAGCUUCUUAAGAAAGGAAUUUAUGUUGAUGCAGUUAACUCCCUGGGCCAGACUGCACUCUUUGUUGCAGCAUUAUUAGGCCUUUCGAAGUUGGUUGAUAUUCUGGUGGAUUAUGGAUCAGAUCCAAAUCACCGCUGCUUUGAUGGGAGCACCCCUGUUCAUGCAGCAGCAUUUUCAGGAAAUCAGUGGAUCCUCAGUAAACUUCUGGAUGCAGGGGGUGAUCUUCGACUCCAUGACGAGAAGGGUCAAAACCCACAGACCUGGGCCCUAACGGCAGGGAAGGAGCGCAGCACUGCGAUGGUGGAGUUCAUGCAGCGCUGUGCCUCGCACAUGCAGGCCCUCAUCCAGGGCUUGUCCUAUGACCUAAAGAAGAUCGACUCCCCUCAGCGUCUCAUCAGUGGCUCAGCCCGGUUUGGCGGCCUCAUACAGGGAAACCCUAAUGGCUCCCCUAACCGACUGCUUAAAGCUGGAGUCACUUCUGCCCAAAAGAUCUACAGCUUUGGCUUUGGGAAGUUUUAUCUCACAGGGGGAGCACAGCUGGCCUACCUGGGAUCUCUUCCAAUAAUUGGAGAAAAGGAAGUGAUUCAAGCUGAUGAUGAGCCUACCUUCUCUUUCUUCAGUGGCCCCUACAUGGUCAUGACCAACCUGGUGUGGAAUGGGAGCAGGGUCACAGUGAAGGAGCUGAGUCUCCCCACCCACCCUCACUGCAGCAGACUUCGGCUGGCUGACUUGUUAAUUGCAGAGCAGGAACACAGCAGCAAGCUGCGGCACCCCCACCUGCUACAGCUGAUGGCUGUGUGCCUGUCACAGGACCUCGAGAAGACCCGCCUUGUCUAUGAGCGCAUCACUGUCGGCACACUAUUCAGUGUCCUCCAUGAACGGCGGUCCCAGUUCCCCGUGCUCCACAUGGAGGUGAUUGUGCAUCUGCUGCUCCAGAUCUCAGAUGCUCUGAGAUACUUGCAUUCCCGGGGGUUUAUCCACUGCUCCCUCAGCUCCUACGCCAUCCACAUCGUCUCUGCUGGAGAAGCAAGGCUGACCAACCUGGAGUACAUGAUGGAAAGCCAGGAUGGACGAGUACACAGGGACCUGACUCGAGUGCCACUCCCAACCCAGCUGUACAACUGGGCUGCCCCAGAGGUGAUCUUACAGAAGGCAGCCACUGUGAAGUCAGACAUCUACAGCUUUUCUAUGAUCAUACAGGAGAUUUUAACAGAUAGCAUACCCUGGAAUGGCUUAGAUGGCUCAGUUAUUAAUGAAGCCAUAGUCUUGGGAAAUUACUUAGAAGCUGAUGUCAGGCUUCCAGAACCUUAUUAUGAUAUUGUUAAGUCAGGCAUCCAGGUCAAGCAGAAAGACCGAACUAUGAACCUUCAGGAUAUCCAGUACAUUCUGAAGAACGACUUAAAGGAUUUUCUCAGAGCCCAGAUAACUCAGCCAACAGAGAGCCCCAAGAUGCAGAGAUACGAACUUCAUCGUGAUGCCAAUGUCUGUUUAGGACUGACGUCAGAACAUCUGAAAGAGACCCCUAACUUGGAAAUAAAAGAGCUAAAGGAAACGGCAGGCAGUUGGCUUCAUUCACCCACCGAGAAAGCAACACCAGAUCCUCAGGUCCUAGAUCCAAGUCUGAUGGCCAAGGAGACUCAGAACCAAGAUACUGCUUCUCCUGCCUGCUUUGUGAUGGAAGAGGCCAGGAGGCCCAGCCCAGGUCAGACUAGCCUCUGCAGCUUUGAAAUCAAUGAAAUCUACUCAGGCUACCUGGACAGGGGAGAUGACGAGGAGGAGCCUCCAGGAGCUGAUUCAUCUGUUGAGGGGGCCGGACCAAGCCAAGCAGAUGAACUAAAGUCCAUGGAAGAAUACUUGGAAAACAUGGAGAGAGAGGCUCACUGUUUUUGUGAUGAGGAGGAGAGCUCUUCAGAAGCUGACACAGAGCUCUCCUUUGAGGACUGGGAUUGGCAAAAUGAUUCUCUUAGUUCACCCAGCCCACCUGAGCUAGCCAGCGAAGCCAAGGGCAAUGGGAGCAAUAGGUGCAUAACCGAGGGGUACAUCAGUAAGUGUGUGCUGAACCUGAAGAUUUCACAGAUAUUUAUGUACCAGAAUGCCUAUUUGCUGAGGAGCGUCCAACAGAAAAUUGAUAAGCUUGAGAUGAUACAGAAGGAGCAGGAGGAGUCCAGGUCUUUGUGGGCUUCUUCUAGAGAGUUUACAAACAUCUGUGACUUACCUUUAGCCACAGGCCCCCCAGUUUCCACCUAUGUUCCUCCUGUCAUGCAGUUGCCAGGAGGCCAGCAGCUGGACACCAGUGGCAGUUGCCAAACCCUGACAAGGCCUUCCAUGGUGAGAGACUUUCAAGGGGGACAUUUUGGUGAAAGGUCCAAGAAAAGAAGUGGCUGUGGCUGGAAACCUGUCACCCAAGUCUCUGAAGAAAGCACUGGGGAUCAGCCAGAGAAGAGCCAUCAGCUGCCAACUUUUUGUGGGCCUGGAAAACAGGGCGCAAGUGAACCAUUGCAGCCCUCUCAAGGAGCCAAGCACAGUUUGGAAAGAAACAGGAGUCCAUAUACCAGUAGUCAGGGAAAAUCUAAAGAGUCCAGUGCCCAAACCAAGUUGACUCAGCCUAAUACUGCACUUUUGCCUGUGCCAAGCCACCCGAAGGGACUUUCAGUGUCAUCCAGCCCUGGCCAGGCCUUUACUAGGAUCAGUAUGGAAUCUAUAUCUUCUGAUAUCUGUAAAGCAAAGUCAAGAAAUAACAAAGAUGAUGGAGAGGUACUCUUAAAAUGGAAACUGGAGGUGAAAGAAAUGGCAGAGAGAGCAGCCACUGGGCAGCUGGCAGUACCACCAUGGCAUCCUCAGAGUAGAACAACUUUAGAGGAUGAGGCUAAAGAUGAGCCCGAUUCCCUGCUGCAGCCGCCGCCUGGGGACCCUGAGAAAGUGGGCUGGCGGUGCACUGUAGAGUAUCCCAGGAAAAAUGAUGAUCCAGAGGAAAAUGGCAAAUGUGACACAACAGGUAACCAUGACUGUGACAGUGACCAGCAUGGCAGACAGCCUGGACCUCAAAGCUUCAAUGGUAUCAGCCACCUGUCACCCAGAAAAAAUGAACAGCCAGAGCAUAGUGAAGUCUUUCAAGCAAGUUCUGAUGCGCUCAUGGUCGUUGAGAAAUCUUACAGUGAACAGUCCGUGCAAUCAACUUGUUCACCAGAGUCUUCUGAGGAUGUAACAGAUGAAUUUUUAACUCCAGACUAUGAAUAUUUUUAUUCCUCGACUGCUCAAGAAAACUUAGCUCUAGAGACCUCAAGUCCCAUAGAAGAGGACUUCGAAGGAAUACAAGAUGCACUUGCCCAUCCUCAAGGCCCGGGCGAAGAAAAGUUCCAAAUGAGAAAAAACCUAGAAAGGAAUGCUGAGAUUUUGACCAGGUCUCAAUUCCAACCUAUACAAAGUACUGAAGGUGAACAAGAGGAGACAUUAAAGGAACCACCAAAGGAGCUGAAAGAGAAAGACAUAUCACUGACAGACAUUCAAGACCUGUCUAGUAUCUCCUAUGAACAAGAUGGUUCUUUUAAGGAAGCCUCAUGCAAAACACCCAAAAUAAACCAUGCGCCAACAAGUGUCAGCACUCCACUCAGCCCAGGGUCAAGUUCUUCAGCUGCCAGUCGAUAUAAAGACUGCCUUGAAAGUGUCACAUUUCAGAUUACAACAGGGUCUACCUCAUGCUGGAACAGUGAGGAAUCCAUUCAAACUUCAUCUGAAAGAUUUACAACCGUUCGAGAGAAAGCAAAGAGCCUAGAUUCCUUUCUUACUUCCUCUGAAACUGCCCCUUCAAGACUGACCAAUCUCAAAAGAUGGUCUGCAUUUACUGGGGCCAGUUCUUCCAGCAGUGCUAAGUCACCUGACACAUCAUCCCAUCCCACCCAGAGAAGGAGCCUGCCGAAAGCAUUAGUGGAAACCAUUUCACAGCAUCACAUUGAUGAGCUACCACCACCAUCUCAGGAUCUGCUUGACGAAAUUGAGCACUUGAAGCAACAGCAGGCCUUAUCCACAGUGUUGGGGGAGAGCACAGCAAGUCAUCUGGGUGUCACUGUAAAUGAUCAAAAGCACUUAGAAGAACAAGAAACUAACAGUAAAAAAGAAGAUAGCAGUAUAGUCUGGACCAAAGAAGCUCAGGAUCUAGAAGAGGACACAGAGAGAGCUCACUCUACCCUCGAUGAGGACCUAGAAAGAUGGCUACAGCCACCUGAGGACAGCACGGAGCAACAGGAUCUCCCCGGAGGCUCUACAAGGGAGACAAAUACCAAGGAUCAAGAAACUGGUGAAAAGAAGAAAAAAGGGGAAGAAAGCUUCAAGUCAGAGAAAAAGAAAUCAGACAGCUUUUUAGAGAAUUCUGAAGAAGUUCAUCAAGAGGAACUAAAACCCUGUUUUUGGAAGCGACUGGGUUGGUCUGAACCAUCCAGGAUAAUCGUGCUGAAUCAGAGUGACUUGUCAGACUGAUGGGAAUUGGGUCGCAGGUAGACUCCUGGCCUGAGUUUGAGCAUUCAGCUUGUGAGUUCCUGUCUCUCCUCCUGUGCUUCAGUCACCAUCUGGGCAGUGAUUCUGUACCUCGCACUUUGUUCAGCUGCCACAAUAGACAGAAUGGCCCUGUCUGUUUGCGCCACAGUUAACCAUUUGUUUUAAGUUCAGAUUUCAGAAAAGUGAAAGGUAGCUUUUAUUGUAAAAUUUUCUCAUUGUUCCCAGAAUGGCUUUGAUUUUGGUUUUGUUGGUACAGAUUUUUGAAAACUUUAACUCCUUUUGAAAACUUUAACUCCUGUUAUAUAAUAAAAUGUUUACCUUGAAUACCAUUUAGGUUUUAACUGUGGAAGAGAUAUUUCUGUUUUAGUUAUUGGGAGAGGAACUGCGACCCAAAGAGGCUUCAAUUUCUGUUAUAAAGUUUGACAGAUAAGCAGUGACUGCUACCACCUAUCAUAUAAGCCAGCACAAGUCAUCCAUAGUUUAGAACAGAAAUACUGCCUUCCUCUUGGCCAGGAUUGCCAUAUUCCCAUUCCAGCUAGAAUUUAUUUACAUGAUGAAAAUAUGGUGGGAAUAAAAGUCUGAGAUAUUUUGAACCCUU